AUGACUCCAAAUCCGCCUUGGGUGCAAGCAUUGAAGCCUGCGGGCCCUCAGGGACACGAGCUUCUUCAAUUAGAGCGCGACAAAUCCUCUGUACCAGUGGCGAAGCUCUCAGAAUUUCUAUUUACGAAAGAAGCCAUCGAACGGAAGCGUCGGGUUCUCAAAGUUCUUGAGUCUGAGAAGGUGUUCAACAAGAACCAGAACUACUUUGCCGGACGGGUCGAUCGCUUUGAGACAGCUUUGGCCAGAGCCAAAAGACUGCGUCAAUUGAAGGUCCAGCAUGGCUGGAAUCAGGAAGAUUCCAUUGUUGCAAACGAUCUCAUCAGCGAGCCGGGACCUUAUGGAUUGCAUGAGUCUAUGUUCUUGAUCACCCUGCGGGACCAAGGUACUCCCGAGCAGCACGAGCUGUUCUUGAAGAAGGCAGAGAAUUAUCAGAUCAUUGGCUGUUACGCUCAAACAGAGCUCGGCCAUGGCUCAAAUGUUCGCGGUUUAGAGACGACUGCAACUUGGAGUCCGGAAGACAAGACGUUUAUAAUCCAUUCCCCUCAUCUAACAGCAAGUAAGUGGUGGAUUGGGUCACUAGGCCGUACAGCGAACUACGCUGUUGUUAUGGCACAAUUGAUCAUCGAUGGCAAACCUUAUGGGCCCCAUCCUUUCGUCGUGCAAGUUCGAAACCUGAAGACCCAUGAGCCAUUGGAGAACGUACACGUUGGUGACAUUGGACCGAAAUUCGGAUACAACACCAUGGAUAAUGGUUUCCUUCUAUUCAAUCACGUCAAAAUCCCGCAUGUCAAUAUGCUGGCUCGGUUUUCGAGCGUUGAUCUAUCGACAAACAAGUAUGUCCGGCCAAUGUCGGCGUCCCUGGUAUACGGCACUCUCACAUGGGUACGAUCCCACAUAGUGCUCCAGAGCGGCUCUGUCCUGGCCCGAGGAGUGACGAUGGCAACAAGAUACUGCGCUAUCAGACGCCAAUUCCAGGAUCGCGACGCUCCGCAAUCGGAGAAAGGAGAAACUGCCGUUCUCAAUUAUACAAUGGUUCAAGUUCGGUUACUUCCCCUCCUGGCAGCUACCUUUGCUCUUCAUUUCACAGGCCAAGGUAUGAUGAGGUUCUACGCGGAGAGCCAGAAGAAGAUCCAUGGAAAUGCCAACACAGCAUCUGCUGACCGGGGUGCCGGUCCUGAGGAAACGCAUGCUGGAAGCGACUCUCUCGCCGAUUUACAUGCAGCUUCAUGUGGACUGAAAUCCUUGGCUAGUUCGAUUGCCGCGGAAGGUCUUGAGGUUUGCCGGAGAGCUUGCGGAGGUCAUGGAUAUAGCAGCUUCAGUGGCAUUGGGCCAUGGUAUGCCGACUAUCUUCCGACCACGACCUGGGAGGGUGAUAAUUAUAUGUUAUCGCAACAAGUUGCACGUUAUCUCUUGAAAUCAGCUCGCUCAGUCAAGAAAGGAGAGAAGCCGACCAACGAUACAACUCAAAUUCUGACUGAGUUUCUUGCACGGUCUGAUAUGGGCGCUGCUUUCGAUAUCAUCGGCAAGGACGAAGAUUUGGUUGCUGCUUUUGCGUGGCGAACGGCGUACCUUACUUUCGAAGCCUACAAACACCGAGACGAAGAGAAGAAAGCCUGGAACGAUCUUCUCGUCGACUUCUACAGGCUGAGCAAGGCCCACUCACAGUAUCUCGUUGUGAAGAACUUCUAUGAAGCCCUCCAGUCGCCAUCUACAACAGAUGUUUUGAAUGAAGAGACCCGUACCGUCCUCCACAAGCUGUUCCGCUUGUUUGCUUUGAACACACUAGAGCAGGAAAGCUCUGAGUUCUACCAGUCAGGAGCAACUACCGUACGGCAGAUCAUCCUCGCGCGAACCAACACGGUCAUGAAACUCCUCAAGGAGAUCCGGCCACAUGCUGUUCGACUAGUCGAUUCCUGGGACUUCCCCGACUGGCAAUUGGACUCAAGCCUCGGUAGGUACGACGGCAAAGUAUACGAGGACCUAUUCCACAGAGCGUCCGAACUAAACCCUCUCAACGCUAUAACGGUCGAUCCAUACCCCGAGAGUAGUGUGUUGUUCAAGAACGACAAGAGUCGAGACUUCAAGAGUAAGCUUUGA